GAGGCUAAGCUUUAACUAUUAUAUUGUUGUAUUUCACUUUUUUUUUUUAAAGUGAAAAAAAAAAGUCUUUGUGCCUGCGUAUCAAAACGCAGAGCAAAGUAGUUUGCUUGCAAAACUUGAAAACUUGAAAACCUAUUAAAUGUGAUUCUGUCAUAAGAAUUUACAGCUUAUGAAUACUAAUUUAUGUUAUCUAAGAUUAAUGCUCUCAGAUCAGAUAUUCAUUUUUCUUUAUCAAUGAAUUUGUCCGAGUUUUCUGCAGAACAGAGGGAAUUUUGAAUGCUUAUUAACUUCUGCGGAGGAUUCGAAUAAAAUAAAUACAUACAUACAUGAAUAAUAUUUCAAACAGUUUUGCCGCUUUAUCGUUGGAUUCCAGUGAUCCUCGGGAAGACUGCGCUCAGCCCAAUUUAUCCACGGAAAAAGGCCGCAAAAUGACCAAAAAGGAGAGAAAAAAAGCUAGCAUUACAAGAUCAAAUAGGCCGGAGGAAAAUAAUUCUGAUAUACAGUCGAAACAACAGGUGCUUGGCACUUCUCUCAGCAUGCCUCUUGUAUGGAUAGACUUAGAAAUGACAGGUUUAAGGAUUGAAGAGGACAGGAUAUUAGAGAUUGCCUGUAUCAUUACCGAUGGACGGUUGGUGAAAAGAGUAGAGGGGCCGGACCUGAUAAUUAACCAGUCAGAUCAAUGCUUGGCAAGAAUGGGGGAAUGGUGCCAGAAUCAACAUUCUGCCAGUGGGCUGGUAGAUGCGGUUCGGAAAAGUAGAGUCACUGAGCAAGAAGCAGAGCAGCAGGUUCUGGAAUUUGUUAAGCAGCACAUUAGUACUACACCACCACCUCUAGCUGGGAAUUCUGUUUAUGUGGAUUUCAUGUUUCUGAAGAAAUAUAUGCCAAACCUGGCAGCAUUUUUUUCCCAUAUACUUGUUGAUGUUAGCAGCAUCAAGGCAUUGUGUUUUCGGUGGUAUCCGAAAGAUGCUAAAAAUGCUCCCGUUAAGAAGAAGACACACCGUGCUCUUGAUGAUAUUAAAGAGAGCAUAGCUGAAUUGGAGUACUUGCAAAAGACAAUUUUCAAGGCAUCUCAGCGGUAAGAAAAACAAAUGUUGUUUUCUAGUGGACAUCUUAUUUGUCUACUUACAUGAAAGCAUUUGCAAUUGACAUGGAAGUCAAUUGUUGUAUUUUCUUGGGAAAUUAUAGAAGAUGCUUGCCAAAGUGUAGGAAAGAUUAUGUAAUAUGGAUUUUGGAGAACCUUCUACUGAAAGCAAAUCAAUAUAAUGUCAAUGUCAGUUCAGCAUGCAAAAUUAAGAGGGACUGUUUUUGCUGAAUUAGAUGACUCUACUUACCUUCGAUCUCUCUUUGAAGGAAUCAGUCUAUCCUGUUUAAUAAUUUUAUUUUUUCUUAGCUACAGUGAUUUUAAUAUUUAUUCUCAUAAAUCCCUCUUACUUAUA